AUGCUUGAGUCCCUCCGCAUCCUACAGCUGAAUGCACACAAGAGUGAUGUAGUGCAGCAGAGUCUGAUGAACGACGAGGACCUAAAGGAUUUUGCCGCACUGGCGAUAUCUGAACCACACGCGCGCAACAUCGACGGAAAGGUGCUGACGAGUCCUACGGGACACCAUACCUGGACAAAGAUGAUACCAACGUGUGUUCGUAACGGCCUAUGGCCGAUUCGCAGCAUUCUCUGGAUCCGAAGUGACCUUGAGGCGGAGCAAGUGCCUGUGCCGUCGGCCGAUCUCACAGCAGCGGUACUCCGACUUGAGGGAAGGGAGGUGUUGGUGGUGUCAGUGUAUGUGCAAGGAAAGAACGAAGAGGCGCUGACGAACGCGAUGGAACUAUUACGCGACGUGAUUGAUCGCUUCCGCAAUGGGACAGGGAGACGUACCGGUGUGGUUUUGGCGGGGGACUUCAACCACCAGGACCUCCUCUGGGGCGGAGAUGAAGUGUCAGUAAGCAGACAAGGAGAGGGCCAGCCCAUCAUUGACCUGAUGGACGACUUUGGUCUUAGCAGCAUUCUCCCGAGGAGGACGAAAACGUGGCAGAGGUCGGACGAGGAGAGCACCAUCGACUUGGUGCUGGCAUCGGCGGAACUGGCGGACGAGUUGACAUCCUGCGUGAUUCAUCCAACAGAGCCCGGAACAGACCAUAGAGCGAUUCAGACGACCUUCGACAUUCAAGUACCGGAGCGCACUUUUCCGCAGCGCCUGAUGCUCAAGAACGCGCCAUGGAUUGCCAUCGCAACCAGGACGCAGGCGGAUCAUCUCAUGCGGUUGGUCACCAAGGCGCUUCAAGAUCUGACUCCUCGAGCCCAGCCGCCGUCAUACGCGAAGCGAUGGUGGACAAAAGACCUGACGCGACUCCGUCGGACGUACACGUAUCGGCGCAAUCAAGCAAGGGCACAGCGAAGAGCCGGUCAACCGCGGCCUGAUCUGGAGCAGCGCGCCAAGGAGGCUGCGAAGGAGUACCACGACAAUUUGCGGAACCAAAAGAAGACCCAUUGGGAUGACUUUGUCAUCCAAGGGAGCAACAUCUGGAGGGCUGCCAAGUAUCCGAAGCCUGGUACGGAGAUGAUGGAUGACAAGGUGCCCCCGCUGAAGAGAGCCGACAGCUCGAUCACCGAAAGCAAGGGCGAGCAAGCCGAGGAACUCCUGAACACCUUCUUUCCGCCUCUGCCAACGAGGAUCGAGCCGGAGGGCGAACAGAUUGAGAAGGUAAUGGCGACGAAGCCCUGGAAAGCGCCUGGUGAGCAUGGCCUUCCUGCGAUCGUGUGGAUGAAGCUCUGGCAUAUGGUCAAGCACCGGGUGUGGAGGCUCUUCCGCUCAUCGCUCUGA